GCACCAUAACAAUUGGCAAAGUAACCAAAGAACAAUACUAGUUCUUUUUUUUCUUCUCUACUUUCAACUUUCCUUUUUUUUUUUCCCUACUUAGAUAGGGUUUUUGUUGAAAUCUUGAACUUUUUCAUGUGUAAUGCAAAUCUUGGUUGAAGAUAAAAUUUGGGGUUUGUUGUUCUUGGUGCAAAGUUUGUUUUUUUUAAAUUUCCUUUGGGGGGUUUGUGUUGAAGUGAAGCAACAACCAUGUCUACUCUUGUUAAUUACAGUGGUGAUAAUGAGUUCUAUAGUGGAGGAUCACUUUGUUCAGCUGAUUUGGGUCUUAUGUUGGCUCUUGGUCAUGCUGAUAUUUACUGUCCUGUUAGUAAGAGGGCACGCAUUAGUGGCCCGUUUGUCGUUGAAGAGAGGACUAAGAAUCCAUCCAUUGAAGUACUUCCCAAUGAAUGCCUAUUUGAGAUCUUCAGAAGAUUGGAAGGAGGCCGUGAAAGGAGUGCAGCAGCUUGCGUUUCUAAGCGUUGGCUUAUGCUCUUGAGUAAUAUGAGGAGCUCUGAUAUUCGCCAUACUAAUCUUUCAGCUGCUAAUGGGGCUUCAGAUGAUACGAAAAUGGCAUCAGCUGAUGAAGAUCUUGAAGUGGAGUGUGACGGAUAUCUUACUAGGUGUUUAGAAGGGAAGAAAGCUACAGACAUUAGGCUCUCAGCUAUGGCAGUUGGAACUUCUAGCCGUGGGGGUCUUGGAAAGCUCUCAGUUCGGGGGAGCAACCCCGUUCGGGGUAUUACUAAUGUUGGUCUAUCAGCAAUCGCCCACGGUUGUCCGUCUCUUAGGGUUCUUUCAUUGUGGGAUGUUCAGGAUGUCGGAGAUGAAGGUCUUAUGGAGAUUGCAAGAGGAUGUCAUUCAUUAGAAAAGCUAGACUUAACUAAAUGUCCCUCAAUUUCCAACAAAGGUCUGGUUGCAAUAGCAGAGAAUUGCCCAAGUUUGACUUCUUUGACGAUCGAAUCUUGUAAAAAUAUUGGAAAUGAGGGCCUGCAAGCUAUUGGAAGAUGUUGUACCAAAUUAGAGUCUCUUACUAUUAAAGACUGCCCUCUUGUAGGUGAUCAGGCAGUUGUUAGCCUUCUGUCGUCGGGCAAUACAAGGUUGAAGAAAGUGAAACUUCAUUCUCUAAACAUUACGGAUUUCUCCCUCGCUGUCAUUGGUCACUAUGGCAAGGUGAUUAUCGAUCUUAAUCUGUGUAAACUUGGUCACGUAAGUCCGAGGGGGUUUUGGGUUAUGGGUGCUGCUCAGGGUUUGCAAUCUCUGGCUUCUUUGACUGUCACUUCGUGCAUUGGACUGACGAAUCCGAGUCUUGAAGCAGUGGGAAAGGGCUGCACAAAUAUUAAAAGCAUGUGCCUUCGCGAGUGUAAACGUGUUACUGAUAGUGGACUUGUUGCGUUUGCUCAAGCUGCUGGAUCUCUCGAGCAUCUCUUGUUGGAAGAGUGCGACAAGAUCACCCAAACAGGCAUCCUAAAUGCUGUUUCAAUCUGCAGCAAGUUGAAGUCGCUUUCCCUGGUGAAGUGUUCGGGAGUCAGGGAUUUGCCUCCACAAGCUUCCUUGUUGUCUCCCUGUGAUUCUCUCCGAUCGUUGUCCAUCCGAAGCUGUGCAGGAUUCGGUAGCAGAAGCUUAGCUAUGGUGGGGAAGCUAUGUCCCCAGCUUCAUCAUUUGGAUCUCAGUGGGCUUACUAGAAUAACAGAUGCUGGGCUUCUCCCACUUUUGGAGAGCUCCAAGGCAGGACUCGUCAAGGUUAAUCUUACUCACUGCCUGAACGUGACCGAUGAAGUGGUGCUCUCAUUAGCUAGGCUACACGGUGAGACUUUGGAAUUGCUGAAUCUUGAUGGAUGCCGGAGGGUUACCGAUGCAAGCUUGGUGGCAAUUGCUGAUAAUUGUCUAUUACUUAAUGAUCUUGAUGUUUCAAAGUGUUCAAUAACUGAUUCGGGUGUAGCUGCUUUAUCCCAAGGAGUGCAAUUGAAUUUGCAGGUUCUUUCACUCUCAGGUUGCUCCAUGGUAACAAACAAGAGCUUUUCGUCUCUUAGAACAUUGGGUGAGAGCUUAAUUGGUUUAAAUCUCCAGCACUGCAAUGCCAUCGGUAGCAGCAGAGUCGAGGCUCUUGUUGAGGACUUGUGGAGGUGUGAUAUCCUCUCCUAAAAGCCAACUGGAGCACAAGGGUAUAUGCAUCAUCCAAAGGUGUUUGAACUAUGAGUUGUAGCUAUUUGGUUCAUUAAUCUUGGUGGGAUAGAAGUAAACAUGAUUGUGGUUUUUGGCUAACUAAUGGCCUUGUGAUGCUCCAGUGGCUUGGUUGUUUUCCAGGAGGCUAUGACAAACAACUUUUUCCAUCCAUUUUUUGCAGGCUUCAUCUACUUGAAAGCUUGUUCCACAUCGUUCAAACUCCGGUGUCACACACGGAGGCUGCCUCUUACACAACCACGGUAUCCUGAGAAUACAGUUACCUAAGUCCUGGUGCUAAAGUUUUCACUAGUGUUGCUCCUUGUCCCCCGUCCUUCGGGGAUGAACUAAUAAUGCUUCUCUUAAACUUAUAUAGAUAUCAUGCAUUUGCCUUGAUAGUACUACACUGCAGAAUCAGACAGUUUUUUCUUAGUUCUAGUAUGUUAGUUUUCGUAUUAAGAAGUCGGCCUCGUUGUUACUAUAAGUGUUUUACUUUUCAUCUUAGUCGUCUGUAGUUGAAUCGAACGAUUUCUGUAGCAUGGUGUCUGUUAAUCUGGGGCUUGGUCAUGGCAACUAGUCCAUCUAGGUUGUUUUUCUAGUGUCCAAGUUCUAGUUUUUGAUAGGAUUGUAAAAAGUCCUUGAUUGUACAGGUUCCUUGUCUUUCAGAUUUGUACUUUGCAACUACUUUGUUAUGUGUAAUAAACUCUGUUUAGUUUGUCUAAA